AUGGGGGAAUUCUGGUGCGAUCUUUACAGACUAUCCAAUCUGGUCAAGAUCAGUUUUAUUUAUGACGCACAGAUCCUCGGUCGCGCCGAGAGAUGGCACAACGCCCAGGAGAAGCUGCGUACAAUGAUACGCGACAUCAGUGCUGCUCAGCAAGCAGUGGAAUGGAGUCGAAAUAACCCACGUCUCGAAUCUCGACUUGCAGAAAACGAAAAACGCCUGGAAGUUGUUUCUGGAGCAUUUGAAAAGAAAAAGAAGUACUUUUACAGUAUUAGCAAGACGUUUGCUUCAUCACUUAUCGAAGAGGACCUCCUGGACGAGGAGAACUUGCCUGAAUUUUUGCAGCGCCCUCUCGCCAAGGAGAGGAAGCGCCGGGAAGCUGCGAAUUUGAGAGCAGAGAGAGAGGCCCACGAAGAGAUUCUUCGGCUUAUGCGAAGGAAGUCACCCGAGCCGCGAAAGAGGACCAUGUGGACUCUUCACGAGUUGAAGGCGAUGUGGGAAUCAGGUGACAUCCCUGAGGAGGCUCGAGGGCUCAUCACGUUUACAAAAGAAAAGCCCCGAGACGUAAGGAAGUCUGCGUCUAAGAUCAAGAAGGAAGGAGGGGACGGUGGCGCGGACACUACUCAACCUACGACUGACACUGACCUGGAAGCCGCGGCGGCAGAGCUUUAUCCCCAAUCGGCCCCUGCUGGUCAUCGAGCAAUUGAUCAUGACGCAUCACCGUGGGUAUUCAUGGCCCCGGGCCUCCGAGAAUGGGAUUUGCCCGGCACUUCGUUAAGUUAG